GCGGAAGUAGAGUUCAUAAUUUCCUGAGUCAUUGCCUCUCUGGUUUGAAUGUGAAACCAAACAUCACUGGAGUACAUUCACUGUGCUGGUAUAAACUUAAGUUUGACACCGAGAGACUAUUUAAAUAAUGGAGGGGUCUGUAUCAAACGUGGAGGUCUGUAAUUUCGCCUACACGGGGCAGUUUGACAAAUUAAAACAGUGCAUCCUGUCAGAUAAAACGCUUGCAUGCAAAACGGACCAGGACCGCAGGACCGCCCUGCACUGGGCCUGUUCAGCCGGACACACCAACAUUGUGGAGUUUCUGCUUGACCUGGGAGUUGAGGUGAAUCUGCAGGAUGAUGCUUCGUGGAGCCCUCUUCACAUCGCAGCGUCUGCAGGCAGAGAAGACAUAGUGAGAUCUUUAAUAUCCAAAGGUGCUCAGCUGAAUGCAGUGAACCAGAAUGGAUGCACCCCUCUGCACUACGCCGCCUCCAAAGACAGAUAUGAGAUUGCCCUGAUGUUGUUGGAAAACGGAGCAGACCCCAAUGCCACCGACAAGUUGCAGUCCACUCCCCUUCACAGAGCGUCUGCAAAGGGCAACUACCGACUCAUCCAGCUGCUCCUCAAACAGAGCGCCUCGACCAACAUCCAGGACUCGCAGGGCAACACGGCUCUCCACCUGGCAUGUGAUGAGGAGCGCGUGGAAGCAGCCAAGGUGCUGGUAGAACAUGGAGCCAGCAUCUAUAUUGAGAACAAGGAGGAGAAGACCCCCCUCCAGUUAGCCAAGGGUGGUCUGGGCAACGUACUUCGUCGUAUCGUGGAGGGAUGAUGCAUUUACUUUGUUCCUGCUCGAAUCCCCAGAAUUAAUAAGUUACAUAAUGAGGAUUCAGUCCUCUUUGACUGACCUGGUGAGAUGCAUUCAGAUGUAUGACGGGUGGAAGAUGAGACCAUGCCAGGAUGGAAAGUUGGACUAUACUGCAGUAGAUGGGGCAGUGAUACUGCUCAGACCUUAGAUGUCUGAUCGGAAACGUUAAGCACUUAGUGCAGUUUAUCCAACACUGCAGCCUGUUUUCUAUGAAGUUUGAAUUCUUGAAGCUAAAUAAAAAGUGUGUUCAGCCUGUUAA